CUUUGACACUCCAAAGGUGCAUCAUAAAUAUUUUAUGUACAAAGGUUGAGUAAGGCAUUCAGUCGUGCUUGUCCCUUCUAGCAAUAAGCGAAACAUUCGAAUGUUCCUAUAUAUCUCCAUUAACUUUUAAAAUCUUAACCAAAACUUCUCAAAACAUUUGACUAUAUUUUGUAUGACAAAGAAGAGACAUGUGGUGGUUUAAAGUUUUAAUGUUUCUACCCUGCUGGGUGAUAGCUCCAAAUUAUUUUGAGGUUUGUCAGGAUCACACAAUGUGCAAAUAUAAGGGAAUUGGGCCAACUUGCGGAUCAAACCAAGAAAGUGGAGUGUCUAAAGCAGAGAUUCAACAAAUUUUGAAAUUACACAAUGAUUUUCGUGCUAAGAUUGCCUCAGGCAUGGAACAUCGUGGAUGUCCUGGACCACAGCCAUCAGCAGCCAACAUGCUGGAAUUAAUCUGGGAUGAUAACAUGGCUGCGGUUGCACAAAAAUGGGCAGAUCAAUGCAUGUUCCAACAUGACGCCUGCCGAGAUGAUCCUCGUUUCCAAGUUGGUCAAAAUAUGUACUUCAGUUCUGGAUUUUCGAAAGUUGAUUGGACUCGAGCAGUUACCUCCUGGUAUGAGGAAGUUGCCAGAUUUAAUUUUCGACUAGUGGAUAGUUUUAAAUUUCAACCUACAGUCGGCCAUUAUACUCAAGUUAUAUGGGGUAACACUCGUUACAUUGGAUGUGGCAGAGUAACAUAUGGUGGAGCAUACAGACUAAAAGGUUAUCAGCGAAUAGAAUACGUUCUAUCUUCUUCGCCUCGAAACGAUUCUCUUAUCAAUACUGAAGAUAGAAAUAGAAGAGGGAUUGAUGUUCGUCCUGAUAUUGACGAUAUUCCAACUACGGUUUUAUAUUCAAUAGAAGACAUGGAAGAGCAGGCUUCAAAUCCAUCUAUGACCACUCAACCAUCGAAAGAAAACAGCCCGAAGCAAAGUACCAUAGAAAGUUUUACAGAAAAAGUAAUCAAAAUAACAUCCGAAAUUGAAGAUGAACAAACUACACAACUAUGUACUACCAGCGAAGCUUUAGAAGAAAAUAAUUCCAGCGAAACCACGGCAGAAAGUUCUACAGAAAAAGUGACCACGAUGACAUUCGGGAUAAAAGAAGAAAAAUCCACAAAAGCAUAUGCAACUAAUCAAGCUUCAGAAGGAAAUAGAUCUGGGGAAACUUUAGCAGAAACUUCUACAGAAAAAUUAAUUCAAACAACAGCCGAUACUGAAGAAUUAGAAAACCCCACCUCAAUCAAUCAAGCUUUAGAAAAUAGAUCCAGCGAAACUGCAACGGAAACUUCUGCAGUAAAGGUCACCAUGAUAACAUUCGAGAUAAAAGAAGAAAAAUCCACGAAAGUAUAUACAACCAAUCAAGCUUCAGAAGAAAAUAGUUCCGGUGAAACUUUAACAGAAACUUCUACAGAAAAAUUAAUUCAAACAACAGCCGAUACACACAUAUUAGAAACCCCCACCUCAACCAAUCAAGCUUUAGAAAAUAGAUCCAGCGAAACUUCCACAGAAACUUCUACAGAAAAAAUCACCCCGAUAUCAUCAGAGAUAAAAGAAGAAAAAUCCUCGAAAGCAUAUACAACCAACGAAGCUUCAGAAGAAACUAGAUACGAUGAAACUUUAACAGAAAUUUCUACAGAAAAAGGAAUCCAAACAACAUCCGAUACUGAAGAAUUUGAAACCCCCAUUCCAACCAACCAAGCUUUAGAAAAUAGAUCCAGCAAAACAGCAACAAGAACUUCUAUAGAAGAAGUCAUCCUGACAACAUCCGAGAUUAAAGAAGAGGAACCAACAACACCAUCUAUAACCACACAAGCUUUAGAGGAAAAAAAUUCCAGGGAAACCACAACUGACAAUUCUAUAGAAAAUAUUGGCCAUUUGGCAUCAGAAAAUCAACAGACUCCAAAAAUAACAAAUUAUUUAAGUCAGAAUCCUAAGUUCUCAAUUUUCAUUCCAGGCUACUGGAUUUCAAACAGUGAACGUGAUUCGAAGGGCCAAUUAGCCGGUUCCUUCCAGUCUAUAGAUUUUUCUGCACCUGGAGACUUCAAUAGUUUCAUCAAAGACGCUCCUUCAGGUGGAGCGCUAAAAAUGGCAUCAUCGGAUCAUUUACUUGGACGUUGGAAUUUUAGACCUAAUCUACAGCCAACAAAGGCAGCAGAAAAUCCAGCACGAAUUCAAGUGAACAAGUUGACUCAGGCAGGAUGGAUGCGAAGCACGUAUGACAACCUAGGUAGAGAUCAAAUUCUAGUUUGCAAUUACGGACCAGCUGGUAAUUAUUUGUACCAACCGAUUUAUGUUAGAGGAAAACCUUGUUCUAGAUGUCCUUUGGGAUCUGUCUGCAGAAACGGAUUAUGUGCCUGAAAAGAGAACAACGAAAGUUAAAAAUAACAAAUCAAAAGACUUUAUCUUAAGGAAAUUGAUCCUAAAUGAAAAAAAGCAUUUUUGUAAUAUACUUUUCAUUUUAAAAUAUUGUCAUUCCUAA